AUGCUUCCUUCUACCUUUCUUAUGGCUCUGGUAGCCGUCUAUGCCCCGUCGACCGUAGCACUCUCAGGAGAGGCGACCUUCUAUGGAGGCAACACCCAAGGCGGCAUGUGUAGCUUCUCAGACUACACCAUUCCAGACGGAAUCUACGGCACUGCCAUCAGCGACUCGAAUUGGGAUGACAGCGAGGCCUGCGGAGGCUGUGUCAAAGUGACCGGCCCGAAUGGCAACAGCAUCACAGCUAUGGUCGUCGACCAAUGCCCUGGCUGUGGUGAGAACCACCUCGAUCUCUUUCAAGAUGCCUUUGCUCAACUUGCAGACCCAAGUAAAGGCGUGAUUGAUGUUACCUGGGAGUACACUAAAUGCCCUAUCUCAAGCGCGCUGGAAGUUCAGAUGAAAGAAGGCGUAUCAGCGAACUGGUUCUCAGCUCAUAUCGUCAAUGCCAACCAGCGUGUCUCCGACUUGCAAGUCAGUACCGACGGUGGCAGCACAUGGCAGUCCGGUCUCACUCGACAAGACUACAAUUACUUCGAGCAGUCGUCCGGGUUCGGCACGGAUAAUGUCGCUAUCAAGGCCGUAAGCGUGGAUGGUGGUUUUGUCGUGGUGAAGGGAUGCUCUGUGACCGGAGGCGCAACCAAGGACGGAUCUGGCAACUUUUAG